AAUUGCCAAGUCUGUUUCAUUUUGUGUUUAUUUAUCCUCAGCCCUAUUUUACUUGUACAGUUACAGUAUGGCCUGUUGUUGUUAAGAAUCUAGAAGUGCGAUUCGCAUCUGGACUCGAAGUUGAAGCUAUAGAACUACGCGCCUGUCGAGAUGGCAACCAGGUUUUCAAGGUUAUUUGAUGAUUGGGAUCACGAUUAUAGAGAUAUAAGUAUGCUAGAUUUUGGGUAAGGAAGCCUAAAUUUUAUCAAUGUUAGCUUUCGAUCGUGGAUUCAAUUAGAAUAUUCAGAACUGUUGAAAGACUAAAUCCAUUUUGACUACUGAGCUUUUUUCAAACAUUUAAGGCUUAAAUUUAGUCUAGUCUGGACUAUCGCAAAUCCUGCUUUCGAUGCAUUGACUGAGGGGAAUGGAUUGUUAUCUGAUGAAAGUUUUUGAAAGCUUGUUUGCUAAUAGUUGAUUACCAUAUUCACAGCUCUAAUACUAACGAUUCACCGCCGAAAUAUCAUUCUUCGCAUAUUGGGACAGAAUGCACAUCCUCCACAGCAGAUCUUUCCCAAAGACCAGAGUCUAUCCUCGAACGAUCGGAAGCAACGAUUGAUUUCACGUCUUGCGAUAAUGGCAUGUCAUCCCGAUGCUUACUGGACGGCAGAGGUAGUUAUGCCACCCGUUCGGACCCACUGCUUUCCUCUGCCCACGAUUUUCAAGCUCUAAGAGAUAUUAGCCGGCAAAGUCUCACAGACGAUUCACCCAGUGAACCACGUCUACGAAGUGGUAACGCUGUGACCUCGAAAAUUAGGAGUAUAUGGAUGAGUUCGACAGCAUUUACAAGACCUCGCCCUUCGUCUACGUUCGAUGGACGUUUUGCACAGGGAGAAGGCGGGUGGUGGAAGAAACAAAUGUUGGUAGAUCGUACUUUGCGAUCAAUGGCGGGUUUCACGUUUCUUUGUGCGAUUAUUAUGUUUAUCAUUAUGAUUGCAUAUUUACCAGCUUUUUAUAGGCGGUUGAAUAAACAUAGUACGAGUGUUGGUGGAAAGGAUGGGGAAAGUUGUGAGGGUAUGGAGAGCAAGAAUAUUGUGAGUGGAUUGUCGUACAAAUGGACUUGGGAAGUUUGCUAAUGGUAUGCAUUUAAAGGCUAUUCAUCUUUUCAUUAAUAUUGCAGCGACGAUGAUUCUGGGUUGUUCAAACACUUAUCAACAAUUGAUAACCUCUCCGUUAGUUGAGAAAAUUCCAUGGAUUCUGUCUCACUAUAGUGACGCGAAGAUCGGUCUCAAUUCACCGUUGAAUAUCAAUGUUAAAAAGUCUGGAAAGGCAAAAGCUUGAGGAUCAUGGUUAUUGCUUAUAAUCACUUCAAUUGUAUGUUUCGCCGGAUCUUAGACGAAGGGAUUAUUUCAUUGAUGAUUUCGCAGCCAGUCCAUUUCCUCGCAAACUCGGUCAUUGGUUCCUCGUUCUAUAUCGAGAUGCCAACGAAUGUAACUUAUAAUUAUUCCGACGUCGGUCUCAAUUCCACUCAAAUUCUCAAUGAUCUGGGCCCACAUGGCUUGAUGACAUUCUACGAUUCUGCAUGUGUAAGUUGUAUGAUUUUUGAAGUUCGUUAAAAGUCUUGCGACGAUUUAUAUCCACAGCCAAGAAUGCCCAAAAUCCCCCAGAUUUUCAAGUGCGAAGGAGAAAACCAACGAAACCAAUAUAAAUACAAUAGUGGACUUCUUUGAGAGCCGGGCUCUACGUUUUGCCUAACAACAUGUCUCAAUUAAGUGAUCAAUACAAAGUUGAAAUGCCCGGAAAAUCUAGUAAGAUAACCUCGACAUCUGCAACUCAUAUAUAAUACAUACAGCUGACUUAAACAGCAUCUUUCAAAACCGUUUCUGUUACCUACAAUAAAAAUUGUACUGCAUAUAAAGGGACAGCAUCUGUCUAUGAAGCUUUGAAAGAGGUCGACUAUAUCGUUAUCGGGACUGGCGAAUAUAGAAUAGGAAAUUGUAGCCUACUAUUGAGUGCUGCUUGCGUAUUGGGCGAGCCAAGACCAAAGAAAUGUCGACUGAAUGUUCGAAUGCAGUCUUGUUUUAGUAUGUACUCUCAUCCAAAAUUUAUGAAGCUAGACACUCACAAUUACCAGUGCUCUUCGGAUGCCUCCUGAUAAAGGCGAUAUACAUGAUUGGCUUAAAUUAUCUGGCAAGGCAUAGAGUCAAAAAUAAUUGUUUGACAUACGGCGACGUUAUAGUUGCUUCUGUCAUAAACCCCGAUUUGAAGAUUCACAAUGAAUGUUUACUCAAUUCUGGAGAUGGCCAUCGACAUAAGGUGACACAUCGAUGCCAUAAACAUUGCAAAGAUCCAGUUCCUUCGGCUAGUGGUGACUAUAUAGGUCAUUGUCAGAUAAGGUGAUAUUAUCAACAUCUUUCGUACUCAACUAACCUCGUCUUUGCCUAGAAAUGCAAAAAAUUUAACGAAACUGACAAAGCCGCCGGUGAGGUUUUUUUUUCCUUCAAAAUUCUACCCUUCCUAAACUCCAAGGCCUGGAGUCCAAGUCUCAUGUGCCCACUGCCUCUAGGUCUACCGCAUCCAACCAUAGCAAUAAAAUCCAAACGCUCACUCCUCUCGAGUCUCGGUUCUACCGCCAUAACUCAAAUGUUGAUCCUAAUGUUCUGUUCCUUCGCUAUGGUUGGCGUCUCUGUAAUGCUCGCUACCAAAUUUGCUGAUCGGGCAUCAGUGUACCACAGAUACUGCAAGUAUAAUGAUUCAGAUAAUUACUGGUACCGUGAGUAUUGCGGCACUUCCCUCUCGCAAGCUCUCAAAGAAAACUACGGUACCCGGGGGGGUUUCUCUUCUAGUGCUACUCUAGCAUCGCUUCCACCUGAUAAAAUUAGUAGUGAAUUACUCGCUUUCGCUAUCUCCAACGGAGCGCAGUUUCUUUUUAGUUUACUCUAUCUGUUGCUCAUUUAUAAUGUAACUCUCAUAUAUAUGGAACACGAAUGGGGUACCUUCGAGCUCCAGCGCAAAAAGCCUAGGGCAACGAUAGUAUCGUAAGUUCGCUUCAAGUUCUCUGUUUCAACCACUUCAGUUUGUUCUCUUCACUCUGUCUGCAUCUUCUACUCUCACUCCCCAACUAGAGUAUCAAAUUUCCCGGUCUAGCAUACGAGAUAUAAGCUUUCAAUGUUCGUAAAUCAUUCAAUGGUCGAAAUUAAUUCAGUAUUUCAUAAUUUUUUUAAUAUGAAUUAAAUUCGGUUAUUGAAAUCUACAAUUUUAGGGUUACAACCCGUGGCAACUCUAUCUUAACACAGCUUCAAUUCCUCAUUUUUCUCAAUCUCCACCAAAAUAUUCCCUCAAUACGCAUUGCUGACACUACGAUCUUGCAGCGGAACCGCGUUCGAACAAUCUUAUUUUCUCCAAUUACCUCCCAAGAUUCUCCUUCCCCUCAUGACCUUUGCAGCAGCCAUGCAUUGGCUCCUGGGCCAAUCAAUCUCAACCGUCGAAUCCGUUUAUGCGGAUCCAAUGCACGGAAUCGAGCACUCGGUCUAUCAUGUCACAUAUGCGGCAUAUCCAAUUUUCCUGAGUUCGCUAUUGAUGGUAGGGCAGACAGCUGUCUGUUGGUGGGCUUUUACGUACAGGAGAGAAGGCUUUAUUCCCCAAAUGUAUGGCAGUAUUAGAGCUUGCUGUGCUAGUACAAGCGAACUUGAGGAUUUUGGGAAUGGGGGAAUUCAGUGGGGUGAUUGUGAGUUUAUUUCUCUCUUAGUUUAUUUGUGAUCGUUAGUUAAUGUUUUGGGUAUGGUAGUGGAUAUGGGUGAGAGUUUCAGACAUGCAGGGUUUUCGACCGCUGGCAAGUAGUCUUCAUUUUUUAAUACACUCUUUCCUUUCUCCCCCUAAUUCUCGGCUUGUCUAUGCUUUUUCUUUCACUCAUAUCAACUCACACAUAGCUAAUCACCAUAGAGCCCAAAAUAGAACCAGGAAAAAUUAUACCAGCAGAAAUAUACUGCGGUCGUGGUUGAUUUAUCAAGCUAUAUGGAUUAAAUUUCUAUCAUUGAGCUUUAAAUAUACGAAGUAACGAAUUUGGAACGAUAGAGUCUAGAUUAUGUAUAAAGGACAUGCAGUUAUACUGACCUUUUGGUUAGUGGAUAUUAGUG